AUGGGUGUUGACAAGAAGUUCAACGAUGAGGCUUUGGAGGCACACAAUGCGUAAGUCAGUUCCAAUUUACUGAUGAAUGUAAACUAGUAUUUGUGCAAAAUUUACAGAGGUAUAGUUAAACUUUGUAUACAUAAUACAAUGCAUUCAGUGCCCUCGCUGAGUGGCUGACAGUCCAGAUACGGUGAGUGACCGAUCUUAUGAAAUGGCCGAAAUUCUGAAAUGCGUUUUCGGUUAGGAAGGAUUACUCAGACGUGGUUAUAAUUCUGAUUAUCUUGCAGCAUAAUCCUAUAGUAUUUCGGACUCGGGGGGGUGUCAGCUUUUGAAUGCAUUGCUUUUCAAUUCCCUGUAGAAACCGUACUCGUUAAAACAAUGGCUUCUUCAGUAGCACGCAUUUCUCUUACUACUUUUCGACAAUCCUGCAAAUUCAGAUAUAUUUUAUAGAAACCACGAACGGCAAUACGCUUGCCUUCAGUCGUUUGAUAUAGAAUUACACCUUCUUUACAUUUUAUACUCAAGGAGAAGAAUAAUAAUAAGGUUUUAAAAAGUUUUUUAUAAUUCCCGAAUAAUUUGGAGCUUGAUCUGUCGUUGCAUUAGUGCUUAGUGAUUUCAGUCUACAUGCAGCAUACUCUCCGCGUAAAGAAAAUUACAUAUUUUUCUAUGUCUUCUAAAAGAUAUUAUAUAGAGUCUAUACAAUUUUGCAAUCAGUGUGGACUAUGUUGCACAUUUCAUGAGGAGCUGUGGUAAACGGCCAGGUACGGUACUAUGUGAAUGAACAUUUCGCGGUCUUAAAAAAUCUCAUAAUUAGAAAAAUUUUUAAAACCUGGUUAUACUGCUUCUUCGAGUAGAAAAUACAAAGAAGACGUAAUUCUCUAUCAAACGACUGAAGUCAAGCAUAUUGUCGUCCGUGGUUUCUAUAAAAGUUUGCAAGACCACCUAAAAGCAGUGGGAAAAGUGCGUGCUACUGAAAUAGCCAUUGUUUUAACGAGUACGGUUUCUACAGGGGACUAAAACGUGAUGCAUUAAAAAGCUGACACCCCACCGAGUCCGAAAUACUAUAGGAUUAUGCUACAAGAUAAUCAGCAUUAUAAUCACGUCUGAGCAAUACUUUCUAACCAAAAACGAAUUUCAAAAUUUCAGCCAACAUUUCAUGAGAUCGGUCACUCACUGUAGUUCUCAUGGUGACUUUUAAAUCCCCUCAUUUGUCGGUUAACCACCCCAUCUUCUUGUCUUGUUGGCGUUUGCAGGCUUCGUAAUCUACACGGCUGUUCUCCGCUUACAUACGAUGCGGAACUUGCCAAACAGGCUCAAAGCUAUGCGGAACAACUGGCCCGAAUGAACAGACUUGUUCACAGCAAUUCAACAGAUCGUGGAGAGAAUCUGGCGACAGCAAGUGGCAUGCCUACAGCCAACCUGAGUGGUAGGUAUCAGUUUCAAAACUGAGAGCGUUAAAUCGUCGUUGUUGCAGAGCACACCGCCUAAAGUUCGAUAGCUGAUAGGGCCAGUUAGACUAACUCGCACUUAAAUAAAUAGAUCACCACGUGAACGCUCUUAGCUACAACAGAGUUUAAUUUCUUUUGAAAGUACAAAUUAGGGUUUUCUGAAUUUUUGACUUAAUUAGAACAUUUAUUACUGCGGGGAGACUUAAAGAAACACUCCCUGGAUGCAUGUUUCAGCCUUUAGAAUGGUCUCCGAAAUCGUAAAGCAAACGCUAGGAAGGAAAAUGUGUUUUAGGGUUGGUUUCGUUCAUGUGGGGUUGUAAUGUAAUGUUGUAAUGUUAACUGGCGUACAGCAUAAUUCAAAGAUAUUUCAGUUAAUGCGGGAUGCCGGCUUUUGAACGAACGUCCUUCCAGCCGCUCACAAAAAAUACACUCUGUAAGAAUGACUUCUUAAGUUUUAUGCAUUUUUCUCGUUCACUUUCGAUGCCCUCAAAAGUUAAAACAUAUUUCCUGAGCGGCAUGCAUAAAAAUAUUCAUCCUUUUAUUCAUUUGAAAGAAAAUAAUGUCUUCUUUAAAUUGUGUGCUCGAAAGGAUGGUAUGAUUCGGCUUUAAAAAUUCCCAAAUGAUUUUGGACUCAACUUGAAUUUAACUUUUGAACCCAGAGUUUCCAGACUACAAGCUGUAGGCUUUUCUUGCAAGAAAAUAAUAUAUUCCUAUACGCUAUUAAGAGAGCGUCGUAUGGAGUUUGUAAACGUUGGCAGUGCAUUUGAGGUAUAUUGCAAACUUUGCAAGAAACAUUAGUAUAUACAGAGACACAAUGUUGUUCGAGCGGGCAUUUCACAGUCUUAAGUAAUCUCACAAUUAUAAACAUUUAAAAACCGAAUUGUACCUUUUCUUCGUGCAUUUUUGCGCUUGUUUUCCACGAAAGAUAAUCGAAUUUUAAGGGGCAUUUAAAGUCAACGAGAAAAAUACACACUACUUAGGAAGUCAUGCUUUACAUAAUGUAGCUUUUGCUGGCGGCUGGAAAAAAGAAGUUUUGUUCAAAAGCGGGCAUCACGUAGUAACUAAAAACACAUUUUAGAAUUCCGGCCAUUUUAUUAGUUUAGAAAAUGUCCUACACCUGUGCGCGUUGAAAUUCAUGAAGAGGCACAGUCUUGUAAGAAAAGACUACCUAGUCAGGGUCACGCAAUAUGGGUACGGGAAAAGGUUUUAUUCGUAACGUGCACGUAGCCAUGCAGCAAUAUCGUACCGUACUGUGUGUACAAUGUGUAAGCCGGAAUAUUCGAUCAUACUCUUUACAUUGCUAACAGAAGAUAUGCUAUCUCAUGGAAUUUUAACCAAAAUUGUGAUAUGUGUUUCUGAUCCGAAAAUAUUGUCUAGUGGGGCUGUAACGCGAUUCAUUGCACAGAAUAAUCCUCAAACAUUUUAGUUAAAACAGGAUGUCGACUUUUGAACAUACUUCGUUCCGACCGGGCGCAAAAAAUACACUUCGUAAAAACGACUACUUAAGUAUCGUGAAUUUCCCUUGUGAUUUUCAAUAUCCUAACAAAUUCAAAGGGACUUUAUGAAAAACACAAAAAUAUUCUUUUUGCUCUCGUAUGAUAGGCAAUUACGUCACCUUAAACUUCUACACUUGAGGAAAUGGUUUCUUUCGGUUUUAAAAACUGUCGAGAUUCCCGGUUAAUUUUGAACCCGACCGGCCGUCAUGGUGCUCAAACUACCAGGUGCAUACUUUUCCUGUACGAAAAAGUAAAGCCUUUUACUAGGAAGGCUUCGUAAAAUGCUCAUGAACAUUGAAGAUGGAUGUGGGCCGUGUUGAUUACUUUAUAAGCAGUUUCAAUAUACAAACAAAUAGAAUGCUUUGUGAACGGACACUUCAUCAUCAUAAAGAAAUCAAAAAUAAAAAAAUUCUUUAAAAGCAAAAAUACCUUUUUCGAGUAAAAAAUGGACUGGGGCAAACUUCACUAUGGAAUAUAUACAAGAAAGAAUAUUUUAUUAUAUGUUAUCUAUAUAAUGUACUUUAAUUUAUAAAGGCAUCGAUCAUCAAUGAAAACAUUCAUGGUACUCAAGCGGACAUUUUUUCAGGAUUUGGUUCUUACGGACGGUCGAAAAAAGGUUUGUUUAGAGGCCGAACACUGCUUUGACAGAGAUAUCAUCAUCAGUCGGACACACUCAGCUCCGAAAUGUGCAAAACCUGGGAUUCCAUCCUGCGACCUUUUGGUUAGAAGUUCAACGCCCCUAACCCCUGCAACUUCUCGCGUUUGCAGACAAUUGCAGAAGCAUGACCCACGACAUGCUUAAUUUAGAAUUUGAAAGAUAAUCAUGGGUUCUCAACGCAUUAACUUUUUUUUCUUCUUUUCCAAAUGAAUAAGCAAUCUCUAGUGAAUUGAUACAGUUACCCAAUUCGGAAACACUUGGUUACAGUGCCAGGAAAGAUCAGACACAAUUGUUGAUAAGAGCAAAAGGUCCCCAGAAUAACAGCUUGUGAUUUAGUCGGAGUCACCAGCUAGCCUCAGUUUAAUAACGGAGUGGGACGAUCUGAGAUUUGACUUUUUUAAAGUAAACUGUAGAGCACGGUUGAGAUCGGUAAUAUAGACUCAGGGAAACACCCUCCUUUACAGGACUUGUUGUGUUCUGUACCACACGUCUGAGUUUGUUUGUGACAUUUCUCUGUGGGAGAGUAGAAUACCAACAAAUACAAGGAAUGAUGAAGUAGGCGUUUCUGGGUCCUCUGCGCUCACCAUGCAGCCACCCCCCACCUCAUGUACCUAGAGGCAUGAAAUUUCAACCAGCGUCCAGUCAUGCAUCGAAUAUCUGACGUGAAUAAUCACAUAGGGGCUAGAGAUUUCGAAGAAAGAAAGAAAUAACUUCUUCCGUUUGAAAGUCUAAGCCCAAGCUGAGUUCAAGUCCAAGUCUAAGAUUUGCCAGAGAAACCGAUAAAACACAAACUAACUUUAAAGAAGAAAGAUAGAAGGACAGUCGCGGAAGGCCUGAAGAUUGUUUUUAACCCAAAUGACAGCACGGAGAAUGCAGACUGGUCGUCCUUGGCUGUUGUCGAUAUUCCAGUCUUCCCUGGCUUUGUCGGUGGUAUUAUUCGGCCUAUAUUACUACCCGCUGUUUGACUGCUGGCGCGGCUCGAGAGAUAGAAAGCCCUAAGGCACAAAGAGAGGCGAGAUUGUCCCGUAAUUCUACCGGCGAGCGUCCCGUCGUUCAUGUACAUAUUAUGUGAAUUCAUACAGGAGGCAAAAGGUCCCAAGUAUACUUUAACAACUAUGUUGCACUGCGACUCAUACGCAGUGCAUGUGUCUCGUGCGCAACACAUAUGUACCAAUGUAGCAAUACAAUGCCGAAAUUCCGUACCAUACCCCAUAGAGUAUGCACAUGUGACGAUAUAACAUUGCCACACGAUAUAACAUUACCACACGCGGCCUAUACAUUAUGCGUAAUGAUGAUACAGUAGGUGGGCUAACUCAUGAAAUGUCGACCGAAAUUACAAAAUGCGUUUUCGUUUCGAAAAGAUUAAGUAAAUAGAGUUGUAAAACUAGUUAGCCUGCAGUAUAAUUCUAUAAUAUUUCAGUUACCUCAGAAUACCGGCUUUCGAAUAAACUUCCUUCCGGCUGCAUGCAAAAACUACAGUCUGCAAAAAUGACUACUCGAUUAGCGUGCAUUUUUUUCAUCGAUUUUCGAUUCCCCUAAAAGUACAAUUAUAUUUCAUGGAAAACAUGCGUAAAAAUAUUAAUUCUUUCCCUCAUUCGGCAGAUAUUUACAUUUUCUUCCAAUCUUAUACUCGAAGGAGGGACAUAAUUCGGUUUCUAAAAAGUUCUCUAAUUCCCGAAUAAUUUUGAACCCGCUCUGCCGUCACACUUGCAUUCAGGGUUUCCAAACUACAAGCCAUGUAUCUUCCGCGUACGGAGAAGUACACAUUUCUCUACGGUAUUAAGAGGAGACCAUAUGGGGUUCAUAAAAUUUAGCAACGGAUUUGAUCCAUAUUGUUAACUUUAUAAGCCACAUUGAUUAAUGCAAAGACAUGACGAUUUAUGAACGGCUAUUCCACUGUGUUUAGAAGUCCCACAAUCAUAGACUUUUUUAAAACCGAAUUAUGUCCCGCCUUCGAGGAUGAAAGUGAAAGAAGACGUAAUGUUCUUCAAAUGAGCGAAAGAAUGAAUAUUUUUUAUGCACGUUUUCCAUGAAAUAUAAUUGGACCUUUAGAGGCAUCGAAAAUCAAUGAGAAAACGUCAUGCUAAUUAAGUAGUCGUUUUUUACAGAGUAUAGUUUUUGCAUGCAGCCGAAAGGAAGUUCAUUCGAAAGCCGGCAUCCAGGGGUAACUGAGAUAUUAUAGAAUUAUGUCACAGGCAUGAUAGUUUUACAACCCUACUUGAUUAAUCUUUUCGAAAAGAAAACGCAUUUCGGAAUUUCGGUCGACAUCUCAUGAGUUAGCCCGCCUACUGUAGUUUACCGCUAUCUUAGAAGUCCCGAGUCAUGUCAAAAGUAUAAAUUACUCGAAUGAAUAGAUUACUGCGUUAGCAAACCGCUAGCCUAUUUGGUUAGAUUUGGAUGGCAGCCUUGAACGUCACAUUACUCUAUUAAUAAGCCUCAUUUGUCUUUAAGCAGAAUGUACAUUAUUAUGUGCCAAUUAUUCGCAUGGUGCAUGAGCUGAAAAUUCCCGACUUAAUUUACGAAGUUUGUUAUUGUUAAAAGUUACACCACACGUCUUCGCCUCAUACAAACAGCCCCAUCUCUGUGAGGUAACUAAAGUUGACACCUCCUGUCUUUACCAGGGAAGAGUACCGCUGCUUGUCCCUUCAGUAAAUCACGACGUUUACAGUAGUACAACAUAUGCUCUUGCAAUUUACCCACAGACUGGCGGCAAGAUGUUGCACUUAUUUCUCUAUAAGUGAAGAAAAGUUGAGCACCGGAACACUUUGUUUAUUGUCCUGAGCUUUCAGACUCGUACAAGAGUCCAUCGUCAGAGGUAGUAGCAGCAACAGAACAAGCGACAGUUAUAGGGCAUGUAGGCCAAUCAUCGACUGACGGCGCAAGACUGGAGAUGAAUACACAGGGCUCUGUACGCCGGCGCCAGAUCGAGAAAUCGAUUGACCGAGUUCUCAUCCGGGACCCAGGCUUCAAGCGAUUUUCGGCAUGUUUUUUUCCCGGCGUGGGCGACUAUUUUGGUGGCUGCGAAGUUAAACUCGUGACCCAUUCCAUAGGUGUGGGUGGCCACAUGUGAUAAUACGUCACCUCGUCGCACAACCAGCUUAUGUUCGUGUAUGCGUGAUCCGAGCAUGCGCCCAGUCUGCCCUGCGUAGUUACAUGGACAAUUCUGACACGGAGUGCGAUACACCACUCCAGAUUGCUUUUCGGGCUUUAACCGGUCUUUGAUUUUCAUGACCCUAUUGCGCAUGGUGGCUUUGGAGCGGUGUGCAAUUCCAGCACCUUGCUUCGCAGCAAUGCGCUCGGUCGCUUCUGCCAUGCAUCCUUGACGUAUGGCAGAGAAUGCCAUAUCGUCGUUGGUGUUGAUGUUCGAGUCCUCUGGUGGCGGCCGCGUAGGCAGCGACUUAUAAAUGCCAUUGGAUAGCCAUUUUGCACAAUCUCGUCGUGGAGAUAACGGGCCUUAUGUGUUUUGUCAUCCGGUUUGCUGCAAUGAGUUUGAAUCCGUUUAAAGAGCGUCUUAACACAGCUUCGUUUGUGAGCCACCGGGUGGAUACUGUGAAAACUGAGAAGCUGUGCGGUGUUCGUUGCCUUCCUAUAAACCGUCGUUUCAAGUUCACCGUAAAGGUUUCGUCUGACAAGCAGGAAGGGCAACUGCUGUUCCUGUUCUUCUCCCCUCGUGAAUUUUAUAUCAGGAAAGACUGCGUUGAGCAGGCUGUGGAAAUGUUGUAGCAUGUCCAUCUUUACGAUGACGAACGUGUCGUCUACGUAACGGCGCCAAAAUACCGGCAAAUUUUGGAUGAAGGCAAUCUUUUCUGACUCCUGUAGGACCAGUUCUGCUACUAAACCGGAGACCGGUGAGCCGAUUGGGGUUCCCUUGAUUUGUUCAUAGGUCUCCCUCGCAAAAGUGAAGAAAGUUUGUUGGCAGAAUUCAAACAACCUCAUGAGGUGUUCAAUUUUGAGUGCAUUCUGAGUCUCAUCGUACGUCUCUUCAAACCUCUUGCGAAAGACUUCGCGGGCCAAGUUUGGUGGGAUAAAGAUCACGAUUUUGUCCGAUUGAAUCCUCCGACCUCGCAGGUUUCCAUCCAAAAACUAACCCAAAAGCGAAGACCGUGAGGUCUUGUGCAAAAAAUCUCAGAGCAAGACACCGGAAUAUAAACCGAUGAAAAACCAAAUCUCGUCCACUUAGAUUGAUAAUGGCUUGAUGCACAUAAGUAGUAAAUUCUGAGGCUCAUUUCAAUUUCAAGGAGGUUUCGGUGCAAUUUUAAAAUAAUUAACUGCUAGAGAAACAGACUGCACGCGGGAAUAGGAAGCCUCCGUAAUACAGUGACAUUGUAUUUAAUUCUAGUGACAGGAAUUAAGAUAGUUCUCUUUUAUUCUUUCGUAAGCUGCGGAUGCCUCACUUAUGUGGUACAAAGAAAUUCUGGAGUACGACUUUCGCGGACAGGACCAGAUUGCCUGCGGUAUGUUCUACCUUCUCUAUUCAAUAAAAAUAAGGAAAGUUAAUUGCCCAAUCAAGUUAAUAAUUGACAAAGGACUGUGGAAUCCCAUUUGUUAAAACUCCUUUACUGCAAACAGACUGCCGGGAUAUGUUAUCAAUCAUCAGUUUGAAUAAUGGUUUUAUAAAAGUUUACUGUUUGACGACUAUCAUGUAUCAUCGCAUGGGAUUCGAAGUCAUGCCGACAGUUUGAUUGUAAAAUUAAUGAGCGCGGAAUUUGUUGUUGCUCUCCCUUGCAUGAUAAUUGAGCGUCUUAUGUUUACUUCCUCUGAACAGAGGUUGUUAACAGUUUAAAGCUUCACGAGUACAUAUCGAUCAGUUUCGAAUGGCUCCUUCUUUUUAUUUAUCAAUUAGCCUUAUAAGACCACUGGAGGUGAAAAGAUCAUGAAUCUUUCGAUGGGGGUUCCCCUCCAGCGAGAUCGGUUCUCUGGUCGGAAUGACUCGCUAAUAAACAGCAGAAUAUUCCUUUACAUACCUGCAUAAUCUAGCGAUUAUAAUUUAUGCUCCCCGGUCUUGUAAUCCUACCGGCAAACUUGUUUUCACGCGAAAAUGCAUCCAGAAGAAAAAUUCUGCAUCCUAGGAAUUUCUCUGGCGAUUGCAUGAUUCAGAAGGAGGCAUCAUCUUCGUACGGCCAUAGCACUUUAGGCACUCCUUAACGAAUGACUAAAUACACAUACAAAGCGUGAUUCUUGCAGUGAAAUCAGUUCAUCACUUUCAAAUUUGGAUGCCUAAUUUUAACAGGUCACUUCUCGCAGCUGGUCUGGAAAGAUACCAAAGUUGCCGGCUUCGGAGUGGCGAAGACCGCAAAUGGACAAAGCGUGUACGUUGUCGGCCAAUACAAACCCCCUGGCAACUUCAUGGGCCAGUGGGCUAGUCAAGUCCCACGACCCCUGAACGGGAAGGUCGUCGUGCCGACAGCAGAGGCAUUGAUGUGUAAGUCAUAUUGCUCAGUCGGACUCAGGAACUGUUUAACGUCAUAAAUUCAUUCUACUCACUCAGUACUAGUAGCACUUGCGGUAAGUGGUUUAAUUCGGGAAACGUUACGACCAGUUCGGGGGGCACCCGAACGCUAGACAUUUUGCACAUUAGCGCCACGCGCUCCCGAAAGCUAUUUUAUCAACGAAAAGGCUGACUAAUCCUGUGCGGAAUUAAACGCCACUACGUGUCAAGGUAAUUGCCUUUGUUAAUAACUGUAGCAGACAACAUCUGCGUCCCAAUUUCAGUUAUCUAACUAGAGGGCAUAAGCACAAAAGACGAAAAUGUCUCACAGCUAUCGUCACAACAAAAAGCUUGAUUUUUCAGGUUGCGAAAUUCAGGCGGGACAAGGAGUGAAGCAGCAUGUUUUCUUUCCAAAAAACGGAAGUUUAUACUCCUUUCGAAAAUGCUGACUUGUAAAUUGCAGUGAUUUUUUUCACUACAAUGCUGUAAUAAUGGUCGCAAGCCGUCAACUGCUUUAGCGCGCUCCUGCUUUUCCUGACAUACGCAGUUAUUUCAGAGGGGAAAAUAAAAAGUUCAAUAUUUCAAAUGUUAUUUUAACUUUGAGGAUAUAGUAAGAUACUUUCUAUGCGGUCUAGUUAUUUAGAAGCAAAAUGGGCGCAGCAUAAGUGGGGUUGGGCAUUAUUUUAGUCCUUCCCUGGACACUCUAUGGCGCAAUUAUAAGCCUAGACGUAUAUAAUGAUAAUAAAAAUGGCCCCAAAUAAUGAGAAAAGGAAACUUUUCGUCUGCGACAGGAACGUGACCGGUUGCAAAGGUGGGCCAGUCGUUUGGAUUCUUUCCAUCACUUUAAUUUGAAAAGUGUAAAGUAUGUGAACCUUCAUCAGCAAAACACCCUAGUAAAACACUUUGUAAGAGAGGCAGUUAAUUAAAGAAGGAUUUUAGAUUGAUAAGAAGCGUAUUAAUCACAGGUCUUCGUUGGGAACGCCCUUUUUUCCUCGGCGACUGGAUGAGUCUACAGAUAUGGCAAAAACGUCCUCACUAGUGGCAGAGAAAUUUUUCAAAGAUUAUCUCAUCAGUUUAGACAAUCGACAUAGUACUCUGAAAACCUAAGAGUAUUCACUGUCAUUUCAAAAAUAUCAGUAAACACGGCCAACGUCGUUGUCGCCAGGAAGUUCACAGUAAUUUCGCAAACGAAAGUUUUUAUUUUAAAACACAGAAAAGUGGAUGCUUCUAAUAGAAUCUGUUACCUAUAUUCCGAAUUCUAAGUCAUUGUCUGCAUCUCACCGUGAGGUCUUGAGAAAAAGCUAAUUUUUUCGACGUCCCUAUCAGCAAGAUCAAGUAGAAUUUUUUAUUAUGUUGCCUGCAUAAAACAAGUAAUCAGCUAUUAUCCCUAAAAUUUAAAAUGUAAUCCUACUUAUGACCACUUGUCAAACUACAGCGGAGUUAUCAAGGUCAACAGACUAUUAUUAAUAAAAUUCUCUGUCACCGGUAUUCUAAACUGAUGCCAAUACCAAGGUCAAAUUAUAUCACUGCACACUCCCGUUUGAAGAAAAACCGUGUUUACCUAUAUCCUGACAGGCUUGCCACACGAAGAAGUCCAGAAACCGGCUCCAAAGCCCGUCGUCCAACCCCCGAAGCCGCAGGCAAAACCUCCCGUUACCACUGCUGCGUCAACAGUAGGCACCAGUGAGACCGAAGUAUGCCCAAUUGCAUUGUCUACAUGUUAACUUUCCUCAAAAUGCUCGAAUGAAUUUGUAUGACUGCUCUCACUUGUAAAUUAAGGAGCCAAACCUGAAAAGUGCCAUUGUUGCUGCCCACAACGAAUUCCGGCGGGCGAGAGGUCUACAGCCCCUUCGUGUCAACUCUGUGAGUUCUCAUUGAGAAAAUGCAAGAUUCUUGAUCACAAAAUUGUAUCCUUACUUAAUUCCCCCCCUCCUUCUCCUCAUCCAUCUUCUUCUUUUUUAGGAGCUGGAGAAUCUUGCACAGAAAUGGGCUGAGUCCCUCAAAGCGGGCAAGAGCCACGGGAAAUGUGAUUGGACGUUCCGAGGCCAGCCGGUGGGACAGAAUGUUUUCAAAUCUCGACAUCAUAAAAAAGAUGGUGAGUUUUGUUGGGCACUAUGUGCAUUGGCAGAGGGGCGCUCACUCGUCCCGUGGUGCCUUACGGGCUCUCUCUCUCUCUCGGGCCCAACCAGCAGUCGCACAGCGGCGCAGAAUAAAGGCAGAAUUAUAGUACCGAAGAAGACAAGGGCGACUGGAAUAGUCAUUUCUGGCUUAUUAGGCGUCGUCAGUCAGACAUACCCAAACUCCGAAGUGUGGAACAGAUGGGGCUCGAUCCCGCGACUGGUGGGCGCCCCUCUGCCAUUGUAUAUUUCCGAUCGAAAACCGACAAGACAACGGGCUCGUGGCCCAGUGGUUAGAGGCGUGGACUUCUAGCUAACAGGUCGCGAGUUCGAGCCUCGGGUGUUGCACGCUUCGGGGUUGGGUAUAACUUGCCGACGACGGAUAAUAAGUCAGAAAUGGCCAGUGCAGUCUCCCUUGUUCUUGUCGGUAAUACCACUUUGACUAUGUACAAAUGAAGAAACAUCGCCCUUGACUUGCCUUUUAUGCGCAAAAAAAUAAAAGUCUUAUUAGCUUCUGAGACAUAUAGUCCCUCCCCCCUCGCCCCAGAAUGUUGACCUACAAUUUUAUUUAAUUAUUUUUCUCGUAAAUUCAAACAAAGCCGACUCGAUCAUCAAAAAGUGGGCCGGCGGAGAGAAGUACUACCAAGGAGCUAGUAGCGCGUCGACCACCCCCAAAGCCGGUAAGCCUGAGUGACCUUAAUGGCUGGUGUGCUUUGCGGAUAUAGAUAAAUGACCCUCCUUUACUGAAUGAUUUUUAAUUUGGACCUUGCAGCAAAAUUCACCCAACUUGUGUGGGCCUCUAGCAGUGAGAUCGGUGUUGGCGCGGUGCUGGCGCACAGACCCCACCGGUCCGUAGUAGUUUGCUUCUACAGUCCCGCCGGAAAUAUACCCAGUGGCUACCGCUUCAAUGUGGACAAUUACCUCAACUAG